AUCAUUUUAUUUAAUUCAUGAUGUUUAUGUUACUGUACUUUCAUAUAUUUUUCUUUAUAAAUCCAAAAUCUUAUUCCAUUUCUUCAUAAGCACAAAAAAACAUAUAGAUAAAUACAAAGAGAAUUAUAAUUAACAUGGAGAGUAUUAUUAGUGACACUUCUUCUCCAACUUCUUCAUCUAAUUCACUACAAUUAAUAGCUCAAGUUCCUUCUCAAGUUGUUGUUAUGAGUCCUUGUGCUGCUUGCAAGAUUUUGAGAAGAAGAUGUAGUGCUGAAAAAUGUGUUUUGGCACCUUAUUUUCCUCCUAAUGAUCCUGCUAAGUUUACCAUUGCUCAUAGAGUUUUUGGUGCUAGCAAUAUCAUCAAAUUCUUACAGGAACUUCCAGAAGCUCAAAGAGCUGAUGCAGUAACAAGCAUGGUUUAUGAAGCAAGUGCAAGAGUAAGAGACCCAGUUUAUGGUUGUGCAGGAGCAAUUUGUCAACUCCAAAAACAAGUCAAUGAACUUCAAGCACAAUUAGCCAAAUCACAAGCUGAAGUUGUAAACAUGCAACUCCAACAAGCCAAUCUUGUUGCUCUAAUUUGCAUGGAAAUGUCACAAAGCCCACAAGAAUCACCACAACAAAUAUCAUUGGAUGAUAAUAAUUUUAUUCAAAGUCCUAACCAUAAUAGUGGCCAUCAAAUUAGUUUGAACUUCUUUGAUGAGAACACUAGUCUAAACUCAUUGUGGGAGCCACUUUGGACAUGAAGGAGAACAAAUUAUUGUACUCAUUCGGUUCUUUUUAUAAGAGACAACUGAGUUAAUAAAAAGUGAUAUAUCUAGAUUAUAUUAUGAUCAGAUGUAUUAAUUUUUGUUGACUGACUUGUCUCUUGUAAAAAGACCAGAAGGUAGUAUUAAAUAUAGUAGCAUCAUUACAAAUAGAAAUUAAAAAAAAAAUGUGUUCAAUCAUGAUUAUCUCCUAAGGAGAAAAUGAAGGAAUUAAUUGAUCAAUUAUAUA